UAUCUGUUUUGCGAUACCAGAAUUUUUUUUAUUUUACUUGUAAAAUUCAAGUAGAAGUCACUCACUGCAUAUUUUGUUUAAAAAUAUAUAAAAAUGGUUUGUAAAGCUGUUUGUGUUAUCAAUGGUGAUGCCAAGGGUACCGUAUUCUUUGAGCAAGCUGAUGCCAAUGCUCCAGUUAAAGUAACUGGUGAAAUUAAUGGUUUGUCCAAGGGUUUACAUGGUUUCCAUGUUCACGAAUUUGGUGACAAUACUAACGGCUGCACAUCGGCUGGUCCACAUUUCAACCCCUGUGGCAAGGAACAUGGUGCACCUGGUGAUGAAAAUAGACAUGUAGGUGAUUUGGGCAACAUCCAAGCCAGUGGUGAUGGACCAACUAAGGUCGAGAUUUCUGAUAAACAAAUCAGUUUGUUUGGUGCCAACAGCAUUUUAGGCCGUACCGUUGUUGUACAUGCCGAUCCCGAUGAUUUGGGCAAAGGUGGCCACGAAUUGAGCAAGUCAACUGGUAAUGCUGGUGCUCGUAUUGGUUGCGGUGUCAUUGGCAUUGCUAAAAUCUAAAUCGAUUGUUCAACAAAACAUGUUUCCAUUAUAAAGACACGGCUCUGUUUUUACUAUUAAGUUUUGAUUCUUUCGAUACCUUUUUUAGUCAGCUCAAUAUUGAAUAUAAAAGUACUAAUUGUAUUUUAAUUCAUAUGCGUACAUUUGGUUAAAAGCCGAUCCCUAUGUAAUGUAUUGGUAUUAAUAAAUAUUUAAAUAACUUGAUACUGGUGUAUUGAAUAAAAA